GCUACGAGUUGGUGAAGGGAACUGAUAUACACUGUGCGACAGGCUGACAUGCCUUUCUUUGGCAGCGAUUGGCGAGCACCCGGUAACAAAUGGAUCCGUACAGAAUUUGGCUGGAAACGUUUAUCUGAAAUACACUCCACGCUUCAGCGACAAAUCGGUAAAGCUGCGAAACGGAGCGUAUCUGUGUUGCGCAGUCGAAGUGGGAGCCCGGGAAAUACCACUUGCAACUCAUCGCGGGGAAGUUCGAGGGCUAGCAGUCCUGACAAAGGAAAAGGAAACCAUUGUAAACUAACGUCCGGUAACAGAGCUGGGACUGUGACUUUUGAUGAACGGAGAUGGAGGCGACAUCGGCUUUGUCUCGCACAGCGAUGCAUUUCUGCGAGAGGUAGUUCCAGAGAGAGUAACCAGUAUGCCACCAUAAGUGAUGCAAUUAGUAAACUUAACUUCAGUCAAGCCCUUCUGGACGCUAACUGUUACCCUUUCAUAUGCAAGGUAUAAUGGUAUAGUAAAGUUUGUGAGUAACAAGCAGAGAUGUUAACAGGUGAUAGAGAGAUUAUACGAGGACCGUUACUGGACGCUAAGUGGAAGCAUGCAAACAACGUUACUGAGACUCACCAGUGCAGCAAAGGACAUUGCAAUUGAGAGCAGACAACAAACUGGGUAUAUCCUGAGUUUGAUAGAGAAACAGAUAUUUGCACUUGAGAAAGGUCGUGAAAAGAUGAUGACAGGAUUCACAGUCUCAAGGUUGGAUGCAAAGAUCAAGAGUAUUCUAACCUCCAGAGCACAGCUAGUGGGAGAGCUCCAGAAAGCUAAGUGUGUCAAGGUCCCCUAUCUGCCUGACGACUGCUGGAGGCUUAUUAUUGGCUUCCUGGAUCAGCCACAAGAUGUGCUAAGUCUUGGCUGUGUAAAUAGCACCCUCCAUUCCCUGACGUCAGAAUGCCCAGUAUGGAGGUCACUCGCUGAGUACCACUAUGGAAGACCUGAUCCUGUGGUAUAUCAACAUGAAACUAAAGCUCUGGAGAUAUUCAAGGAAGUAUACUUGUCAAAGAAGAAGGAAUUGAAAACAAAUGUUUCUUAUGCUUUCGUUUUAUGUAAAGUGUGUGACUGUGUUUACUGGAGAGAUUAUGGUCAUCCUUGCACCACCCCGAUCACAAACUCACCACAACCUCUCACGGCCAUUGGGAGUUUCCAGAACGUCUGUACAGGACUUACUUCACAGCAAUUUCUUGAUUUGUUUCAGUGCUGAGUUGUGUAUGUGUGUGUGUACCCUACUGUGCGCAUGCGCACUGUCGUUUUUGUCACCGGGGGGCCGGGGGGCCGGGCGGCCACUACGCAACGGCGCCGGCGGCAUCAGUAGGCAGGGAUAUUUCACCCACAGA